AUGACUGGCCACCGCAGGCUCCUCCUGCUGUGGGCGGGCAUGUUGCUCGUGGCAACACUGUGCCCUGGUGUCCAAUCCAGGCGUGGGGGCGGAAUCAGAAUCGGAUCCGGAUCCAGAUUCAAGAGCAGGUCUAAAUGGGGGUUAUCCGCUGCGAAGUCCCCGUCCUCCCACAGCCGUGGCUCCUCCAAUGUGGGGGCUGCAGCCGCCGGGGCCGCCGGGGCCGUCGGCGGGGCUGCUCUGGGGUAUGGGCUGGGCUCCAUGGGAAGGCACCACAAUGGCUACGGCCAUGGCUACAGCCACCACCACGACUCCUCCUCCGAGGGCCAGCGCAUCUACUAUGCCAAUGGCCUGGGCAACCGGAACCAGUCUGACUACGGCUCAGAGGCCAGCUCUGGCCCAUUACCCAGCAUUGCCAUGGUUCUGGGGUCAGUGGUGUCAGUAGUGCUGGGCAACUGGAUCAGAGGGGUCUGACGCAGUCCUGUCUCUCUCUCCCUGUAGAAAAGGAUUGGCAGCUUUUGGCAGGUAGGGGGCGGGGGAGGAUGCAAAACUAUGACCACAACUCCUCUUGGCAGCAGAGGACCAAACAGCCGAAAAUGGGACAGUAGUGCAGGUAUAUGGGCAUAACUGGGAGGGCUGAGCCUCCAGGCAUCCGAUCACUGUGUACCAUCCCCUUACCUUAACCCUUUGAUGCACAAGCCAUGCAAAGAUAAAGAGAAUAAGAACUCGGGUCACCUAAAAUAAGUUGGGUCACCUUCGACCAAUGUUGUGCAUGAAAGGGUUAAAGCCCUUAUGCAACUACCUUUCUUCAUCACUGCAAAAAUGACUGCCAUUCUAUUGUAAUGAGACUUCAAAUCUUAUUUUUUCCCCUAUCAAAUUAAAAAAUGUUUACUUAAAAAGUGAAAUUUUCUUACCCCAUUGGCAAAUCUUGAAAUUUCUCUGAAAUUAACGGUCUCACCUCAUUGGCUGUAGUUUUGUCUCUUCUAUCUAAAAAAUAAAUAAAAAGCAUAAAUAAGAUUUUAAGCCUAAAUAUAAGACUAAAUGCUUGUUGUGACUGACUUCUUUUGACUUGACUUCUAAUCUAUAAAUGGCUAUACAGUACAUUUAUCUUUGACCUAAAGUAUUUCUGAAGAGGAGAGCUGCCAGGCUGUGGUCAUGUUCUUUCUAUAAUGAAUAUUUAAUUUGAUAGACAGCCCAUCAAAUGGACUCUUAUUAGCCUUAAUGUGAGUCUAUUUGCUAGCAGGUAUAACAUCUAUGGACAAACAACACACUCCCCAUUGGUGACACUGAAAAAAAAUUAAUUAGCCCUCGGCAAUUCAUGUAGGUGCCAAUACUAGUCAAUCAGUGAUAGGGUCAGUACCAACUUCCUGGGUGGGAUAGGGAGUCGCUGUUGGCUAGCUAUGCUUGCUAUCAGGGUAGCUAGCUAUUUAGGAUAGUAAGCUAUUGAUAACUUUGGCAAGUCUGUUUCUAUGAAAUUCAUUUUAUUUCCAAUAUCUGAUAAGUCAGCCAUAUCAUAUCAUUUUCACAAUGAAUAUGUUGACAUACAGUCAACAAGCACGAUUCCUGGACUGUCAGUCCUAGUACUGCCAAGCAGGUGUGUUAACAAAUGCAAUGUGCUCCUUUUCCAUCUCUGCAGAUUGGCAAAAUUAACGUUUAGUAAAUUGCCUUUUUGAUAACAUCAGAUACAGCCAACACCAACACCAAAGCCUUUAACUGUAUCCUUUUAGGAUUAAAACAUAUUCUUAAAAAAAUCUAAAUAUUAGCAAAAUAACAAGGGCUUAAUAUAAUUCCUUUUUAUUAGUUCUAUGCUUAUAAUGUAACAAGUGUAUUUUUAUUGAGAAAAGAAUAUGUGGGUGCUUAGGUGUGUUAUGUGUGGAUAGUGCUUUUUCUACUUAUUUUGUUUUCUUUUUUAAUAACUUUUUAAAUAUUAACUAACUUGCCUUAGUGUAUUUAGAGUAAAGGUUUGGAAUAGUUUUAAUCUGAGUGUUUUUUUCUCUCUCCUUUUUUUGAUAUGUCCACAGUUCUGACUGCCAUGUAAAAAAAAAAGUUUUUACAAUACUCUUCAAACAUGCAUAUCUACCCUGUAUUUCUCUCCUUUGUGAAAUCCUGUAAUAUUAUCUUCACAUUUAACCUUGGGCGCAUCUUAAUAGAUUUUGAUUGUUGUUACAGUCAGAGCAUGUAUUGUGAAGGAAAGGCCAUCAUCUGGAUAUUCUGCUUAUUACUAGAGCCCUUCAUGGUUCCGUGUGGUUAAUUCUGUUAUGAAUAACUGUCAUUUCAACAUCUACUCAGCUCUGUGACAAUCCUGUUGUGAAGGACAUUUUGCUUUGACCAAGCAAGAGAUCCAAAAUGUUCAAAUAAAAAUAGCUUUUUGUGGAAAACAA